CAUCUGUCAGGGUUCUUGUGUUAAAUCUCAUGGAUACUUUAAAGUAAAUUAAAAGUAAACCGCAAUUCUUUCGUUUUUAAUUUCGUUGGGAGAAAAAUGUUGAAAUUGGCACUAAAAACGAAAUUUGGAUACGACGACUUCAAAGAUGAGACGCAAAAAAAAGCCACCGCUGCUGUUUAUAGAGGGGACAAGGAUGUUUUUAUUCGAAUGCCGACUGGGUCAGGAAAAUCUCUCUGCUUUCAGUUACCAGCUGUUUUAAAGGAAAAAUCUGUGACAUUAGUCAUUUCGCCAUUGAUCGCUUUGGUGAAAAAUCAAAUUGACUUCCUUGAGAGCAAAAAAAUCGUUGCUCGUGCAAUAAAUGCGAAAACGACGACAAACGAGAGAAAAGCAAUCAUAGACGAUCUAACUUCCAAAUAUCCAAAAAUUCAGUUGCUCUACGUGACACCCGAAAUGUGCAUCCAACCAAAUUUUAGGUCGAUCGUGAAAUCCUUGAGCAGCAACAAAUCACUCUCCUAUUUGGUAGUCGACGAGGCCCAUUGUCUCAGCCAAUGGGGCCACGACUUCCGGCCGAGUUACCGAAAGCUCUCCUACUUCCGGGAGUCUUUUCCGGAAAUUCCGGUGAUUGCUUUAACAGCAACAGCGACGAGCGAUGUGAUUCAGGAUAUCGUUUCAUCCUUGAAUAUGAAGAAUCCAUUGAUGAUCUCGACGCCAAUAUUUCGAUCGAAUCUUUAUUACGAUGUCUGGUUUAUCGACGCGAUAAAAAAUCCAAUCGCUCAUCUCAAAGACUUUGUUGUCGAAGCCCUUGGAUCUGAUGAAACGCCAGACAAGAAGGAGAGCCGAAAUUGCGGAAUUAUAUAUUGUAGACGAAAGGAGGAUACCAGUAAUAUUGCUGAGAAAUUGUCGAGUCUUGGAAUUCCGACUCUUGCUUAUCAUGGGGGGUUGAAAGGCAAGGAAAGGGAAAGCGUUCAGGAUAAAUGGACUUCUGGAGAAGUUCCGAUUAUCGCUGCGACCUGCAGUUUUGGAAUGGGGGUCGACAAAGGGCCCGUGAGAUUCGUUGUUCACUGGACUGUCCCACAAUCAAUUUCUGCCUACUAUCAGGAAUCGGGAAGAGCAGGCAGAGAUGGAAAGCCAGCCUUUUGUCGCGUCUAUUUUUCGCAGGAUGAAUGCAAUAUUAUUUCCUAUCUGAUAAAAGAAGCAAAAGGCGAAUAUUCGCAACUGCCGCCCAACGUUGCAAAACACAAGUGGAGCGAUUUUGAAAAAUCCGUUUCCUUUUGCAUGGACGUAAAAUGUCGUCAUGGAGUUUUUUCGAAAUAUUUUGGAGAUGCGAUCCCAGUUUGCAAAAAUUUGUGCGAUGUCUGCAAAGAAAAAGAUGCCGUGAAAGGAAGACUAACAGAGUUAGAAUUUAGUCACACGCGAGUGAAAAAGCGGGAAAAUUUUGACGACUGUUUCGGCCUCGCCAAGUACGACAAUGAAGCUUUUGACGACGAGGAUUCGGAAAAGUACGAAUUUUUCCGACACCAAGCGGAGGAGGAAAGGAAAAAAGCUGAGAAGGAUUUAAUCGAGCAACAAUUCGCAUUGAGGCGAAGCCAAAAAGUCGACGAGGAAAAGAAAAACGAGGAAGAUGGUAAAUAUUCUUACGUUCGCGCCGCGGAACACACUUCGAAAAAAAUUAAGGGACUGGCUGUUAAGACAAGGGAAAUGUUGUAUGAUCAACUCUACGAGGCAUUGUCGAAAAAUUUUAGAAUGUUCGACAUCAAUAAAACGAGCGAAGAUGUUCGAAAUUUGGCCCUUGAUUUGGAAUAUAAAAAUCUUUGCGGGACUCGACUCGCGAAUGCUUACAAGCUCAAUAUGCACAAGUUGGUUUCCGGAGUUGAAAAAUGCAACUCCAGUAACACUCUUCACGAAUCUUUGAAAUUCAGCAACUCCCCGAAAUCCCCAAAAUCCCCGAAAUCCCCGAAAUCCCCGAAAUCGCCGAAAUCCGAAAUGGACACAGAUUUCGAGUCCGAUUACCAAGAAGCCAAGGACUCCAUAGAGUCUGAUGAUAAUCUGGCGAAAGUAAAAUUCGACGGGUUCAAAACUGCCUUAGAAAUUUCCAAAUCCUCCGCUCAAAAGACUGAAAAAAAUCCCGACGAUUUGACCAAAUCAGCCGAACCUCACAGUACAAGAAAUGCAAAUACCUCGCCCCACAAAACCGACUUUAACCGAUUUCCGAACGAAAAUUCUCUGCCCGAUUUGAGCAAAAUCGAGUGUCUGAAAAAUAUCAAGUUUGACGGUUUCAAGUCUGCCUUGCAAAUGAUCAAAACCCAGGAGGCAGAGCGAGCAAAGGAGAAAGCCGAGAAGGAGAGAGCCGAGGAAAUGAAGAAGGAGGAGCAGGAGAGAGAAAGGACGGAGAAACGAGUCUCAGAAUCCGAGAAACGCAAGGAGAUUCUCAAGAAGUCGACUGGCAAGGAUUUGAAGUCGCAAAGUGUCAAAAAAUCCGGGAAACAUGCGCUUUUUGAUUGCGAACCUCGCGAAACUCCGAAGAAAAAAUUUGACGGUUUUCAGUCGGCUCUGGUGACGGCGCAGUCGGGAAAAGUCGCGGAAAAUGGAGAAAAGGGCCAGGGGAAGAGCGAAAAUUCGUCGAAGAGAAGGUCGAGGGUUGAGGUUGAGGUGUCGAGAUCAAAAACGAGCAGGAAUUACAAAAAAGAUGUGGAUGUUGCCAUGCACUGGAAAAUUUCCGAGAUUACGAAGAAAAAUUUACAGGAACAUUUUCCAUCGGCGGAUAUACCGGAUAGUGAUACGUUUAAGCAGAUUUGCCGGAAAAUGGUGCACCAGUUGCUCGCCAAAAGAAUGUCCGAGGAAAAGGACAUCCGGAUUUUUGUGAAAAAAAACUUGGCCUUUUUCAAAUCAAAGUUGCCGAGCAAAGCUUAAAUUAAGUUUUGCGGAGCUGGAUUUUUUAAUAGAAAGUCAGGAUGGAAUCUCUGAUUGUGAAGGUGCAUAGUAGUGUCUAUGAAGUUCCUAAUUCUCCUUAAAUGGCGAGGAUUUCUGUUAUAUUUAUUAUCUACAAAAGCUUUUUUUUCAGUAUAAGAUCGUGGUAAGGUAAAUUUUGUCAUUUUUAUUUUAUAAUUUAUAAUUUAUCGUUGAUGGAUUAUAAGUAAAUUUAUUAUUAUACAAAGAUGUGAGUAGACGUUUAUUGAAAUUAUUCUGUGAUUGUGUUCGUCAGUGUCAUGUAAAAUAUGUACUUAUUAAUAUUACUGAGGAACCAAUUAACUAACUGUAAUGAAUUUAUAGAGUUUUGUCAAAUAGAAAUUAAGUAACAUUUUUCGUGUUUCUUAUGUCUAAUUUGUAUCCGAAUUAGAUCUUUUUCCAUAGAGUACCUUUCAAUAAAAAAAUGUCUUUU